AUGAAUCUGGCGCAGUUCUACUGGGAAGCUGGCCGGUUAGCGAAGGCUGAGAAGGCAGCAGAGCAGGCUGUCAAUCGACUUGGGAGCACCCUGGACCGGAAUGAUCCAAUGCGGCUGAGCUCUUUGGAGGUUCUCGCGACAAUCUCCGAAGAUCAAGGAAAUCUCAACGAGCAAGAGCAACUCCUGCGCCAGAUACUGUAUGGCAAAUCAGCGCUCGACAAGACAAAUCCUUCGGUCUCAAGCACAAGACUUCGCUUGGCGUACAAUUUGAUUAAGCAAGGCCGGUUGCAGGAAGCUACUUUCGAAGCGAAACAGGUACUCGAAGCAUUGAAGCAGCAGAUGAAAUUGGAUCCUGAGAACUUUCUUACAAGCACGGAUGUUAUAGCUUCCUGCCUGCAACUUUCAGGUAGGCGCGAGCAAGCCGGCGAAGAGCGUCAGCAUCUACACCGCAAGUUUCAGGCAGAAUUAGGCGACACCCAUCCAUUCACCAUGCUUGCGGCUACUUCACUAGCUAGCUUUUACGUCGACCAGGGCUGGUACGAUAAAGCCGAGCAGAUUCAAGCGAACGUUCUGGACAUACACAGGAAUAGCCAACAAAUCAACAAGGCUGCGGUAAAACUUGCUCGAGAACUUGCCAUAACCUACCGUGAGCAGAACAGAUUUGACGAAAGCAUCAAGCUUUGUGAUGAAGCUCUCAAGUGGUGCUCCGAAACUCUCGGAAAGGAUCAUAUCGACACCCUAGCGAUCAACAAUGCCAUGGCCGCAACCUACUUUCAGAUGGGAAGCCUCGACAAAGCCGAGGCGCUGUACACGACACUGAAGGAUUCUGCGAAAAAUACAAGUCUAGAACCUUACGUACUAAGUAAGUUAGCCGAGGCUAGAAGGGCGCAGGGUGACAUGGAAACUUCGGAGAAGCUUUUCGAGGAAGUGUAUCAAGCACAACUGGCACAAAAGGGGCCGAAUCACCCUGAAACCCUUAUGGCAAGGGGAAAUAUACUGCGCUGUAGGCUGGACACGAGGCUCGACGACGUUACGGAGAACGAAACGCUUGAUAACAUCAGCAUGAAGAUCAAUGCUUUCGGGAUCUCCCAUCCAACCACUGUCAAAACCAUGACGGAUCUGGCAACCGCAUACGCAGAAAAUGGACGGCAGGAGGAUGCGGAGAAGCUAUUCCAACAAAUGGAGAGUGUGAACGCGGGCGUCUCAAUACAGAAUUCAUUACAUUACGCCAUUUACCUCGCAAAACGUGCGGAUGUUCUCUUCCACAGCGGAGAUCUAGACAAGGCCGCAGCGCUCGAAAGGCAAGCUUUAGCCAUCCGUCAGACGUUACUGCCCGAAGAAGAUCGCGUCGUCCUCGUCUCCAUGUGCAAUCUUGCAAGCACUCUCAACGCCUCUGAUAAGUCUGAUGAAGCAGAGCAGCUUUUGCGCCGAGUGAUUACGAUUGGCGAACGGUGCCUGCCGCCCAAUGCGUCGCCAACUCUGAAUGCCAAAAAUGAUCUGGCCGCAGUGCUUUUCUUUCAACGUCGCCUGGUCGAAUCCGAGAAACUCUUUGCUGAAGUUCUCAAGGCUUCUCAGAAGAUAGCCGAAGGCUCAGUCGUGCUAGCCUCCCGAAAAGCGCAGCUGGAGACAGUUCGGAACGAGCUUGAGGCGGCCUUUAGCUCGGACAGCGCUACUAACAGUUAA